AUGCAAAUCAAGUUCAAUUUUUUAGCUCUAAAUCAAUGUAGCUGCAAUUUAAGCAACGGGCCCAGAUGUAAAGUAGGGCUCGCAGUUUUAUUUUGUUCAAUUAAUAGCUUGGGAUUUAAGUGGCAUACCAUUGCUGCUCUUAACAUUUUUUCAACAUAGUUCCAAGUUGGUGGCAAACCCCCUUUGUGGAAGUACAUACAUUCUCAACAAAUCAGUACAAAACACGACGUGCAACAAGCUAUUCACGAACAACUAAUUGUGUCCUUUACAUUCUAAAUUAUCUAACGACAAGUUGCAAGCUACAACGUUGUCACAAUAAUGUAUUCAUCGUGCUCCACGUCACUCUGGCUAAACACUUGUAUUAAAAGGAUAUGUUCUGAUGAGUUAAUUUACCUUUCAGAUGGAGAUUCCCCUUCAAUGGACAUCGUCUUUAUUUUAGACACAUCUAACCGCGUCACCCAAAGUGACCUAGAAAAACAGAAGGAAUUUGUAAAACUCAUGGCUCAGCGGUUCGAUGUUUCUCCUUUUGCUUCUCAUGCUGCGGUGUUCAGUUACGGCGACAAAACCAUUUUGAUUGGUGGAUUAUACGACCAUGUCAGAGGAAAACGGUUCGAGGACAACGUGGACUCUGUGACUCUCAUUGGAGGAAAGAGAAACAUCCAGGAAGCUCUGAAAGAAGCUACGAACUACCUUGCUAUUUUUGGACGCCAAAACGCUUCCAACGUUGUCUUUUUGAUAACGUACGGACGACAGUCUCCAGAGCUUGGUUCUCAACGAUUGCAAGAGAUAGUGCAAAAUGUCAGGGACACUGAUGCAAUCCUCUAUGUCAUCGGUGUAGGUGUCGCCGCCGAUGAUCAGCAGCUAGGACUUAUUGUAGAGAGUACAACUGACUUCUUUGAGAUUCCUCGGUCUGGUGAUUUGAAACUUAAUGUGCCAUCAAUAGUUUAUUAUACAGUUUCUAGAGCUGGUAAGUUUUAGCAAGAUGGACUGCUUUGACGAAAUCACUAACUUCGUGUGUUCUGCUCCAAUUCUGUUAACCCUUUGACCCCUAAGAGUGACAAUAUCACCCCUGAAUCAAACAUUAAGGUCACAAGAAUAAAGGAAAUGAUCACAACUAAAGAAGCCCUUGAUUGUCAAUUAAAUUUUCCUGGUUUGCACCUUAGGAAAUUUAAAGGGAACAUUAUGGAGAAUAUGCAUAAUGAUGUUAGGGUGUAAAGACUUAAAAUAGCUUCAAAACCUGAAAUCCUGAUAGACUGUUACGUGAAGCUACAGGAGCAUUUUCUAACAAUGAAUGGAUGUGAAAAAAUUGUGGUCACCUUUUCUAGGAAUGGAUUUCUACAGCCAAUUGAUCUUGAGACCCUUUUUUUGAUAGUACUUGAUAUUUUGCAUAGACCGAAUGAGCACUAAUUGCAUUAUAUGAACGUCCUCUUUUUUGCUCCUUAUAAAAGAAUCCAAGACGCCAGAAGAUUACAAAGCUGAGGUCAUUUUCGUUAUGGACUCAUCUUCUUUGGUUGGACAAGUAAACUAUCGGAACCAAAAAGAUUUCAUCAAGGGUUUGGCACGAGCGCUCAAUCACAGUCCCAACUAUACACAGUCAGCCGUCAUCAUAUAUGAUACAUUUCCUGAGUUCGCCAUCCGCAUGGGAGCGUACCCAGAAAUUGGUCCCUUUUCGCAUACUGUCGACAAGCUUCGAUACCUUGGUGGACUAAGUGGUGGGCUAGAUUGGGCCUUGAGAUUUGCACCAAGAGGUUUUUCCCAAGACAAGCCUGACGUGCCGAAGAUUAUCGUAUUGAUUGCCACAACAGAUUCGCAAAACCCAGCAAACAUAGAUUCUCUGUCAGCUACACUACGUAGACAAGAUAUAAAUAUAACUGUCCUGGGUAUCGGAUCUGAGUCAAACUUUCCAAAUAUUCGCCGUCUAGUUGCUCGACCAGAGGACUUUCUGACACCGAAAGCAUCUGAGUAUUUACCAAGUUACGUUCCAACGGUUGUAUCUACAAUUUUAUCAGGUGAGUGUGAUCUACGUUAUAUAUUCCUUUUAUCCACUAAAGGACAGGAAGGAUUGGCAGUUUCCAAGUAAUUUCGGAAGAGAAUCUUCUACAUUGAAUUCAAGCUCUAGUCUUGACUUUCGUGUUAAAUUAUAAAAGGAGACGCAUACUACUUCUGCUUCUAAACGAAUACAAUUUAUAUCUCCGCGUCUAAAAAGUAAUUAUAAACAUUUUUAAAACUACUAGCAUCGUUUUUAAAUUCCAAAGACUAACCUAAAUGUUCUGAAAUUAACUUCAUAAACAGGAAAUAGCCCAAAUAGAAAGAUAUGGUUUCUGGAGUACAUUUUUCCUUUAAUCCAAAACAGGUCAUCACUGGUUGUUUCCUUGAUAAUCAUAGAGGUGCCCAAUCGAAGAGGAAAUGAAAUUUAGUUGCUGCGUUAGUUGCCUAAUCAUAGUAAAUGUUAUGAACUAUGGGCUAACCGAAGAGUCUACACUGAAGCGCGUUAAACACCUAAGGCGUGACAACCUAACUCAAGCUACAAGAAAAGCGGAUUUAAUAUCAAAUAUCAGUUUAAGAAGAACGCCUUUCGAUAAGUGUCAUAAAGAUAAAACUGACGAUUUUCGAUAAGUGCCAUAAACACAAAACUGACGAUUUAUAUUGAUUUACUGCACAUUGUUUACAUUCAAACUGCUGUGUUGAAAAUGUUUUUAGAGAGCAUUUACCUUUCAUGCUCUCCAAACAUCCCGCGUGCUUCAUGGUAAAGAACGAACGCUGCCGCAUGAACCAAUUGUGAGCUGGAAAUACAUUUACUUUAAUGUUAAGCAAAAAUCUUAUCGAUGAAUAUUACCAUAUAUUACUAUAAAAAUGUGCUAAUUAAUCUACAACUUGUCUUCAUGAUCAUGCACUUCGAACUCCGACGCUGUAACAAAACAAGGUUCGGCAAAUCUUACAACAGACGGAGGCUGGGGCCCAUGGAAUGAAUGGAGCAAAUGCAGCAGGACUUGUGGGACUGGACUACGAAUCAGAGAACGCAGAUGCGACAGUCCUAGGCCACAAAACGGAGGGGAGCGCUGUCAAGGACCCACUCAGCAGUUACGAAAUUGCAAAAUCGAGGCUUGUCCCGGUACGUCCUCGUUAGUAAAUAAAAACUGAAUCCGAUAAUAGUUCUGCUGAUGAUAAAAAAUAAAUGAUAAUUAUCAUCAUAAUGAUAAUAAUGAUAGCGAUAGAAACCGUAAUAACAAAUGAUAUGGAAAAAAAAAAUAAUGUCAAAUAGUUACCACGACCGUACUAUGACGAAAUGAAAAUAGGGUCCGUCAGUCAGGAACCACAUUCGGAUGCUCUGCUAACAUAUGACACUGUCAUCCAGGCGCUAAACCGGUGUUUUCCAUCUUGGAUAAUUAAUUUUACAACUUCUAACUUAGGCAUUUAGGUGGUAAACUGUUGCUGCUCUCGAUGUUUUCUAACAAGUGAUUUCACUAAAAAAUGAAUUUUUUCAGUUGCUGUCACAACUCCAGCUCCGAUCCAGACAACGCCCAGAUCUACAGGUAAGAACAGUAUGACACUGUCAUCCAGUCGGUAUACCGAUGUUUUCAACCUGGGAUAUUCAUUUUACAACUUCUAACAUAGGCAUUCAGCUGGUAAACCGUUGCUGCGCUCAACAUUGUCUCUACCAACAAUUGACACUGUCAUUCAGACGGUAUACUGAUGUUUUUAAUAUUGGAUAUUUAAUUUUACUGAAUAGUGCAUGGAGGGUGGGGCCCUUGGAGUGGAUGGAGCAGAUGCAGCAGAACCUGUGGGAAAGGAUCACAGAUCCAAGAACGCAAAUGUGACAGUCCAAAGCCACAAAAUGGAGGGAGGCAAUGUCAAGGACUCAGUCAGCAGUCACGGGAAUGUAAAAUCAGGGAUUGCCCCGGUGAGUCCUCUUCCCUAUAUGAAAAGUUUUAAAAGAUUGAAUUAUUUAAAAAAAAAAAAAAAAAAAAAGUGAAGAGAGAGAGAGCGAAAAAUCGAAACUCGUCGACAUUGAUUUUCAUCGUUUUUUUUUUUCUCUAAGAGAAAAGUUAAAAGUCGCUGACGUUAAUUUCCUUUUCCAUGAAAAAAUGAAUCUUACAGUAGUUCUUCUAAUGAUAAAAAGAUUAUUGAUAAUUUCCAUGAUAAUGAUAAUAAUGAUAAUAAUGAUAGCGAUAGCUAUAAUAAUAACAAAAGAUAUGGAUAAAAACCAAUGUCAAAUGAUUACCACGACCGUACUGUGAGGAAACAAAUAUAGGGUCUGUCAGUCGGGAACCAUAUUCGGAUGCUCUACCAAACUGGUAUCAGGGGUGUUUACCGACGUUUUAAUUCAUGAAUAUUUUAAUUUUCCUUGCUGAUAGUGCAUGGAGGCUGGAGCCCUUGGGAUAAAUGGAGCAGAUGCACCAAGACUUGUGGAACAGGAUUACAGACCCAAAAACGCAGAUGCGACAGUCCCAGACCGACAAGUGGCGGCAGGCAAUGUGAAGGACCUAGUCAGCAGACCCGGGCUUGCAGCAUAAGGAGCUGUGAAGGUAUGUUCAACAUUUUUGGUUCUGUUUUGUCUACAGAAAAUUCUAAACGCGCAGUUGUUCAAUUCCUCAAACAUGGCAAUGUUCGUCGGUAGAGGUAGCUAAAAUUUAAUGAAUUUCCGAAUUUAUAAAACGCAAGGUUACAGUCUCGAAUGGUAAAAGCAACCCCAACAGUUCUCCUUCUCGUUAACUAAAAACCGGUAACCUGUUAGGGUCGUUGCCUUGCAUCGACAUCCCUAAGGUAGCAACGAGAGAACAAUUUGGUCCAAGUUUAGAAUAUGAAUCCCUCAAAACAAAACUUGUUUUCAACCCCCUUUUGAAACUUUUGUUGAACUUUCAUACGUAGACAUCACUUCACAAAUUUGAAUUCGCGGAGUAAAGGAGUCUGUUAUUGUCAGGAGAACGUGUACGAGAUUAAGCAAGUUUAUUUUGUUUUAAGGUUUCAGUUCCCUUUAUGGUACUUUAGUUUAUCAUUUAAGAACGUUCAUUCCAAAAUGGUGGAUAAAACACGUUUAGUCGUUUAACAGGCGUAAAAGUAAUGAAUGACUACUUUGAUAUUUUGACGGAAUUUUGCGUACUGACUGAGCACAACCCGCCGCCCUUGGGUAAGGACUUUCAAAAUAUUCCAAAUUUUCCUUGUAAAUAUAAAUUCAAUUCUCUAGUAUAAUUUCUCUUUUCAGUCGUUUUUUAAUUCAAUUGUUUCUUUUUGUGCGAAUGUUAGAUCCUGAGGGUUAUUGUCCGCCGUAUUCGCCAACCAAGCGAUGUCCUGGCCUAGUUCAAGACGAAUGUACCUGUGAUUCCGAUUGUAAUGACGUCGGUGAUUACAAGUGUUGCUUUGACGGCUGCAGGCGAAUGUGCAGAAGCACAGCUGGUGGGUGUCAUUAAACACGUAAUUAAAAAGGGGAGCAGGAAUGGCCCUGUACAGUUGGCACUCGUUUCCGUCACCCGUCCUUUUCCCACCGUAAUAUCUUGUUUUCAAUCCUUGAACAGGCGUCACCUGUAGACUGAAUUUCGUGUUGACUAUUCUCUAGGAGUUUUAUUCCGGGUUCUUCGGCCCAAAUAACGCUCCAAAUUCCAGUCCUGGUAACGGUAGACGAAGAGCCACCUUGGAUUGGAUUGGAUUAAAAUCCAUCGAGAUUCUUGAAUAUAUGUAUCUGCUAGUGGGACUUCGGCUAUUGAAUUGAACGUUUAAAAACUGUAAUUUGCCAGAUAUAUUAGUAGGCCAAUGCGGCUGAAAUUUUCUCGACUUUUCCCUACCUCUUGAUGCAUUUUAUUCAAUUUACUUAGAAGCCAGCAGAUAAAGUUUGAGGUAGAGAUUUCAGAAUUUCAUCUCCGAGCAUAUUUGCAUUAUCUCUCUCUCUCUUUAAUUCAAGCUCAAGUUUGUACCGCUAGCGUGGACAUCAUCUACCUCAUGGACUCCUCAGGAAGUGCUGGUGACUUUGAGAAACAGAGAGAUUUUGUUCGAGAUUUGGCGCGGAUUUUCAGCCUUGGAGCCAGCCGUGCCGCUGUGGUCACUUAUGACGACAAAGCCACCGCGCGUAUCAACUUUGAUGACUUCGAUAGCACCUUUGAAUUUGCAAACGCCAUAGACCGUAUUAGCCAGAUCCAAACACAAGGGGGAUCUCGGAUCGACCUCGCUCUGAAGAAAACAUUGGAUAUGUUUAAAUCUGCAAGGAUAAAUGUCCCAAAGGUGUUGAUCGCCUUAACAAACGGUUCUCACACAGAAGAUUCAACGGCACUCAACCAACCGGUUCAACUCCUUCGUGAUCAAAAUGUGCGGAUCUUUGCUGUAGGGAUUGGGUCCAAUGUUGAUAUCAAUAAGCUCAAGUCAUUGGUUGAAAGCGAUGCGGAUGCUUUUCUGGUGGAUUCAUUCGUAGAUCUUCUUCGCAAGUCGCAAACAUUUGCUGACAACACUUGCAGUCAAAUCAGUAAUUGUGAGUGAUUCCUCUCUUUAUUUUUCGAGAAAGAAGUUCUGAAAUGCUAUCACAAACUUUUAACUUAUAACGCAAGUAAACGUUAGCAUUUUCUGGAAUGCAUACCGGGUAUUUUUAGCUUUAAAAAGGGUUGAAUCAGGGAAAGGAAUGAAUGUUAAUAGGAGCAUUAUCUUUUCGUAACUACAAUGCAAAAGUGUAUGAUAUGUUGUUCAAUAGACACUUGCUUACUCGAGCUCAUAUGGGGAAAAAAACGAUAGUUCCAAGGGUAUGGGUUGAGGUUUAGAAAACUACAUUCGCAAAAAUAAAUAGCCGUUGAAAAAUGACGUUUUUACAUUAAUUUUCCUUUGUUUCUAAAAACAAAAAAGGAAAGGAAAAGGGAAAGAAUAGGCGGAAAUGCCUAGUCCGUGGUCUCCCUGAUAAUUUGGCUCCUUAGCCGGAGAGACCGAGGAAAGAGGGUUAGUUAGAAGUGAUUAAUAAUCAUUAAUGGGAUUAUUAUCCUUUUGGGAACUAGGGAAAAUGAGAAAGAUAGCCUUAUAACCUUGUUAACCUGCUCCUUGCACUUGAAAAUGUUGCAUAUUGUUUGUUUUUACUUUUCGUAGCCACCAAAUGUGUCCAAGGAGUGGACAUUGCUUUCCUAAUGGACUCGUCCGAAAGCAUUACGGACGAAGAUUUUGAGAGAGAAAAAAUUGCCGUGAAAGAGAUUGCUGGCCUAUUCUUAAGUGCUUCCCCAGACAGUCGUGUUGGGGUCAUUAUGUACAGCGGUCGGCCUGAACUAAUGGUAGACUUUCGAAGUCAAAAUUCAAUCAGCGAAUUCGAGUCUGCCGUAGACGACCUGACGCACAAACGAAGUAUGACAAGAAUAGACAGCGCCCUCCGCUUUGCUGCGCAAACGUUAUUUUUAAAUCCACGACGCUCUGUGAGUUCCGUUGCCGUGGUGAUGACUGACGGGAUACAGACGCCGGGGCCUGGAGUUGAGCCACUAGAUACAGCUGUGUUACCUCUUCGUGAGAAAGGAGUUCGCGUUCUUGCUGUUGGCGUGGGACCGAGAGUGGACCGAAGUGAAUUAGAGGACUUGGUAACAAGCCAGGACGAUGUUUUCAAAAUGAGUUCUUUCCAGGAAUUACUGAACAAAUCUGCGGAGCUACUGGAAGUUGUCUGCCCUCGUAAGUAAAGAGAAAAAGAACGUAAUAAAUAAUAAGAACUAAUAAACAUAAAUUUAAAACAUACACCACUCGUGAAUCAAAAGUAAUGAUUGUGUGUAUGUCAGUAUUUAAGAAAUGGUGGAUUAUGUGGAAUGAGCCAUGACUCAGAAUAGUUUACCUGUUGACUUGCGAAGGUACGAUUCCCUGAAACAGAACGAAUGGUCUUGUACUAGGAUGACCCCGAACAUGUGGAGGUUUUGAUGAACUCGCUCCCUUCUUAGCUGUUUCGCUGGAAUAUUGAAAAACAUCUCAAUGUCUCAGCACAGAACCAAUGAACUUUGCGCCGAGAGUCUUAAGGACCCAGGGAAUUCUCAAGUUCCCAAGCGACGCAAAUUAUUUUGUAACCAUUUCUCCAUAGUGAUUUUAGUGAAAUUCUUUGGUUGAAUUUGUAUUUUUAAAAACUAUUUUUCUCUAAGGUUAGUCGAAAGCUUUCCUUUCUCUUAAGAGAAAGAUCUUGGGUAACCUGAUUACUUGGCUGUAGUAAGUAAUUAAUUGAUUCGGUAAUUAAUUAUUACAGCCAACAUAAUUUAACUAUAGUAAAGUAAAGUAAUGAUAUAAUUUUUUUCCCGAAAAGAGCCUCCAGGAGCUAUCAAUAAAACAACAGCACCGAAUACUACGAGGGCGACGACAACAUCUACUCCUAUCAUGACCACUCCGACCACCGCCGAACCUGUUCGGUGUGAUAAACUCUUAGAUGUCGUGUUCGUAAUGGAUUCGUCGCGUAGUAUCGACGAACCACAGUAUAGACAGGAAAAGGAUUUCGUUAAGAGACUCGCUGACAUUUUCAAGAUUGGAGCAGGAAGUAGAGCAGCAGUGAUCAUUUACAGCGAUGAAACACAGCUAGAAAUUACAUUUGAUCAGUAUUCCAACUUGAGUAGUUUCUUAUCGGCAGUGGAAUCUUUACCGUACCUGCAAAGAAGGACCAGAAUUGACAAAGCGCUGACAAUGACUGCACAAGUGUUGGAACAGGCCAGGUAAGGUUUUCAAUACAUAUUUCCAUUAAUUGGAAAUGCACAAUGUUCUUAGACAGAUUGCAUUCAGAAAAAAAAAAAAUAUUUAUUUGUUAAAGACCCACAGAAAGUAAAGGGGUUUUUUCCUGAAUGUGGGAAGAUAUUUGUCUAAUCCAGCUGAAUUUACGUACAUUGCAUUGCCCAAAAGAGCGCUGUCAGAGAAUUUUUAUAGUCUGCAGUAAGCCUUUGACAAUUGUUUUUCUUCUCAAGCGAUGUGAUCUGCUUCAUUACUAAACUGAGUUUGGAAGAAUUAAUCAUUUGUUUGCAAAGAGUCUUGUACUCUUUGCAAACUGAUAAACGCAGAUCACUGACCUAGAGUGGACGGAGGCUGAUGGUUGGUGGAAUAAUUAUAGAAGGAGGAUAUGCGUCGGGGGGGAAAACAGAGGAAUUUGGUUGUGUCACAAUAAAAUUUACCGGAUCCCUCCAAUUAGUACUAUUAUGUAAUAUUCUAAAGAUCCACCCUUAUUGGCAGUCAAUUUUUUAUGGUUUCCCCCCCUACACAAUGUAAGUGACAACCAAUGACUUUCCUUUUUUCCCCCUAAAAACCAUGAGAGACUCCCGCUCCCAAAAUUCUCCCACCCCUCUCCCCUUACGCCAUAAAAAAGGAAUGGUCACGUAUACAAAUAUAAAUGGACAAACAUGAGACAAAUUUUGAACGGGGUAAGUUUUUUUCGGCAGACCUGGCUUCCCGAAAGUUGUAAUUGUUAUGACAGAUGGUCGUCAGACACGUGACCCAGAUGCACUUGACCUCAAUGUUGCAGCAAAACCAAUUCACGAUCAAGGAGUGCGAGUUCUCGUGGUCGGAAUUGGCCCAGAGAUUUCCGAUGAUGAGCUUCGAUUGAUUGCCAGGGAUUCUUCAUAUGUUUUUAAAGUCGAGACAUUCGAGAAUUUGAAGAAAGCCACCCAAGACGUAGCUUCCACUGCCUGCAUCAAUCCUAGUACGUCAGUUAAUUAUGCCUUUAAGUUUUUACUAAUAGCAGUAAUAGUAAAAGUUUAUAAAAAAUAUAUUAUGCGAAAAAUUUACUAAAAUGCUUAACACAACUAUAUAAAUCAGGUUUUGAAAAAAAAUAAAAUUUCAUGCAAAAAAUUUGUCUUUUGAAGAAGGGCUUGUCAAAGAGUGUUUAUCAAAAGGUUCAGGACAUGUGUUGGAAAAUAUAUUGUUAUUUGCCUUGUUUCAUUUCUCUCAUCUUCAUUUCAUUUUAUUCUACUGCUUAAUUUUUUUUUUUUCAUUUCUUUGCAGCUGUCACACAAGCGCCAAAGCCAAAGCCGGGGACCUGCCCAUUCUACCCGAUCAGAAUCAGAUGCGCGGUCACAACCAACGCAUGCCUUACAGAUAAUGAAUGUCCGGGAAAUUUGAAGUGUUGCUAUGACAAUUGCCGCUCUAUUUGCACUCUACCAGAUUAUGGUAUGAAUAAAAACAUUCAUUCGUUGUCAUUGCUUAGGUAGAGUAGGUGUGUGACAAAUACGUCUAUUAGCGGUUAAAAACUGGUAUUUGAGGUAUAAAAUCUCGUACUCAGAUCCUACCGUGUAAUUGUAGCAAACGCUUGGCAGUGAAAGGUUUAGGUACGAAAGGUAGGAGGUUUACGAAAAGCAGAAGCGCAGCUGCUAGCCGUCUAUUCUUAAAAUGGAAGACCGCAUUGCCAGGGGCACCGAGCUAAUAAAUUACCCAUCUCUUCACGUCACUUCUCUCCUAACCCACCCCCUCCUCCCCUAAUCUCGUUCUUACCUCGGUCUCAAUUCGGCACUGGGAUCUCCUCAGCCAAACGGUAUGGUCAUAUAUUAUCCUCUUCGUUUCAAGGCUCUGAAUGGGAACAAAAAUAAAAUCCACCUUCACAGAAAAUAACUGUUGAUGUGAUUCUUAUCUGUUUAUCUCUUUGAUUUGAUUUGAUUUUAAGCUUGCAACGCUUAAAGCCUCCAUUAAAUUACAGUUAUACUUAGAAUUGAACAAUUAUCUGAAAAAGAUUUUUUCUUUAGUUUGUUCUCAAUUAAAAUUUGCAAAUUUUUUUCUAACCUUCAGAAGAAACAACAACUCCUUCUUUCAUUGGUUACUGUCCAGCUCCGACGAAUCCACCUGACGGCGUUUGUCCAUCUGGUCGAAGCUCAUGCUUCGUUAAUGAUGAUUGUUCCUAUGGAUACAAAUGCUGUCUUGAUGGCUGUGGGUUUUCAUGCCAACCAGCCGUCGAUGGUGAGAGAUGUUUGUUGGCUUCUUUUAAGAAAUACUCACAAAUAGCUGUACCACUUUUUUUUUUUGGCUGCUGAUGAGGCAACGUUUUUUUUUCUUUCUUUUUUAAGAGAUGAAGGCGGAAAAUCAAUUUAUAGUACCGCUGAUGCUUGUUAGGCUUGUUAGAUGGACAGAGAAGAAUAGAUUACGUUGUUACCAUUGUUCUUCUACUAUUUUUGUUUUGUGCUUCUAGGAUAAUGUUGUUGUAGUAGUUGAUGUGGGCUAUGUUUGUGACAAAGGUGUUGGUUUUGUUACUAAUAAACUUAACAAGAUGACAGGGUAACAUAAUUAGCCAAUUUUCUCGCGUGACGAAAUUGACAGAUAAUUUACACAUUAUCAUCAUCAUCAUUUAUCCGAUUUUGCCAAUAUACGCCCGAGGUCAUCAAGCUCUCCAAUUCAAACCUCACUGGUCUUCCCUAAGUAGUCUUUUUUCCCUUUUCGCCUCCUCCACUCUUACAUGGAAGAGCAGUUGUUUACACCCUCUUUCUUAGAUAAGUAUGUUCACCUGUUCGAUCUCCUUCUCCACACGUUAUCGUAUUUUAAAAACUCCUAAACAUCGGUCUUAUGUUGCGUUUACAGGACCCACCACAGCCCCUCCGCCUCAAUGUUCUGAAUCAUUCGAUCUGGUAUUCGCUAUGGAUUCUUCCGGCUCCAUAGGCAAAGACAACUACCAAAAAGAGAAGAACUUCAUCAAUGGAUUAGCAAACAAGUUGGUGGUCGGUCCAAGGAACGUUCAUCUUGGUCUAAUAGUAUUUAGUGACUCGUCAAUUGUGUGGCUCAACUUUGGCACGCCUACGAGCACGAACUACUCCUCAUUUUCCGAAGCAGCAGUAGACAACGCACCAUACCUUCGCGGACGUACACGCAUAGACAGCGCGCUUCAGACGGCUGGCGACGUAUUUCCCGAAGGGCGCCAAAAUCAGGAGCCUCAGGUGUUGAUAUUGAUAACUGAUGGCCGUCAAUCGAACGAUCCUGGGUCAGUACCUUUGAAAACAGCUGUGCAACCUUUACGCGAUCAGGGUGUCAAGGUGCGUAUCUUAGUCUUCCAUUUAUCUUUUUAGGAUAAAAAUAUUACCUAAGGUCCGACAUGAGGUCUUUUAUUGUUCAAAUUUACUAGAGAAGCAUUUUUUUAAGCAAUACCACUGGUUAAUCGAAGUAACAAAAACAUCCAUUUGAGAUCACUCGUGAUUCUUAAAAUCUAAUUGACUCAUAGCACUGCGAACUGUUCACUAAUUUUUGCUCUAAAGUGCAUAUUUUUGUCCAGCCAAUACAGAGAUGGAAAGUAGUCCAGACCGCGCUCUUUUUUUUUCCUUUUUUUUUUUUUCAUUUCUUUUUCCUAAUUUUUUUUUAAUAUCAGUGACCAAAGCCUGUCUUUAAUCAAUUUUAUCGUUCUUUUUUUUAAAUCAAUGUAAUGAAAAGGCACUGAACUUAACGUCCUACGAUUUUGUCCAAAAGUGACGCAUUUGAUUUCAGACUAAACUGCGCUCCCUUCAAUUCAAAUAUCAGUGAUACUGAGUAUGUAGUGGUUCAAAACUCUAUCUACUAUAGCUGAGCACUCAUUAUCUUGCGAUAAUUUGUUGCUUAGAGGGUGUUAACAUCUGGAAACCUAGCUUGUGGUGUCAUUCGAAAGACCCAGCUUCCCUAUAAACUUUUAUUGAAACUGGUGUACACCCUGUCAGCCAAUAAGAUGAUUAUUUAAUCUAAUUUUUAGGCUAUUUAGUAAUGUUUUCAAGCCAUAGAACCAAGUAAACUAAUUGUAAUGCAGCUAAACUGCUGAGACCAAAUGUUGUAUAAGCUUUCUAUCUUAUUUAUAGCUUACUUGCCAUUUUUCCUAUAUCUUGUAUUAAAAUCCUUUUUUUUUUUUGUCCACUUUUGGGAAUAUUUAGAGGGCAAAUGCAGUAGCCGUAAUUUUUUACUUUUCUUCGAUUAAAAGAAAAAACUUCAUGGUCCUUUCUCUGUCAGAUCAUUAUUGUUGGAAUUGGAGAAGAUGUUGAUGAAAUAGAAUUGAAAUCCAUCGUGGAAAACGCAGAUGAUGAACUCUUCCUUGUUGGAUCAUUCCUGGAAUUGGAGCCCUUGCUGAGAAAUAAGAAGCUCAAUGAUGCCAUCUGUUUACAAACAAGUACGUUGAAAUCAUCCCAUCCGUUCUGCAGUUUUUGUGUCAUUUGCUUGAACAAGUUUUAGCUUAAACAAGCCUAUGCAACCAGCCUCUAGUUGUUUUUUAGUGGGAAAUUUCUUGCGCUAGUAUUUCCUUGUUAAUGGUGACAAGAAAACGUGGCUUUGUUUCGUCUUCCUCCAUUAGUUGAUUGCUUCAGUCUAGACAGGUGUCAACAACUAGCGGCACCACACGAACGACUUAUUCAUACCAUUUACACUAUAACGACCUCACAUUACUGACGGGUUGAAACUGACCAUUUACGACCGACUUACAUCACUUGAGCCUUAUAGCCAAUAACAUCGCGGCCAAACUGGCCAAUCAGUUUACACAAACUGGACUUUUAACACUCGACUGACAGCAACUCUCUACUUGACUCUGGUGAUGACUUCUGCUCAAAACGUCAAUCCCUACUACCAAAAACAGGACUACACUCACCCAAACGAUCAGAUUACACGAUAAAUAAUAAAGUUUGGACAAUAACAAUUUGAUAUCGUAUUGUUAUCAAACUGUUAUAUAAAAAGGACAAAUGUAAAAUGUAUUCCUCGUCAAAAGUGAAUUCUCUAACUGAGUUUUUAUACUUUUUUUUAGUAGGUGGUCGUCGACAAAGGAACUUCUCGUAGGAACAAGGAUAGAAAUAAUCGUGAGCUACCCAUAAUAAUUACUUUGUAACUAUCAGCUAUGAGCGUUUUUUUUUCUGUCUGUAGGAAGGUUUCAGGAAUUAAUAUGCUUUUAACUUACGUAUGUUGUUUUUUAUCGCAUUUACAGACGCUUAAGGAAAUUAUGAAAAGCUUCCACAAAUUAGUAAAAAGCAGUGUCAUCCCCGUUUUAAAGGUUGUGCGUGUUCGUAUUAACUAAUAAGUAAGGAAGACGAUCUUGAUCGUGGUCUUCCUUUAAUGCCACUGCAAUUUUGCAUUUCAUAGAAACUGGCCAUCAAAGUAAUCACUGUCUAUGUAGGUAGCUUUGAAUUUACCAGCACGAAUAAAGUCAUUGAUACUUGUAUUUUCCUUUGUAAAGAGAACUAUUCUUCUCUUCAGAAGCUGUUUCUCUAUUUUUCUUGGCUUUAAGUUCCCUUAAGUGUUGGAAGAAAGAGAGGGUUGCUCUUCCCCAACGUGCGUCUAUGUGUUAAUGUGUUGCGCGACUUUUAAGUCGUUACGGCCUGUGAGCCACAGUUUUAGGUUUUAUUUUCU